AUGAAACCAUUCAGACUUCAUCUCAAGAACUAUUGGUGUACGAGGAGAGAGGGGGGGGGAGCAUAUUUGAAAAGAUUAGCAUAUUGCGCUCUACCACCAAUCGAUCAAGUCCUGAAUAAUGACGAAAUAUUCGACAAUCAAGAAGUAAGGCAGUUGAAGGGUUUCAAUAUAACAAAAUCGAAAGCUGACAAAACGGUGAAAUCACCGUCUCACAAAUCAUUGAAAAUGGGUAGAGGUCAUAACAAGUAA